ACCAACCGCUCUUGAAACAUGGCUGACAGGAGUAGUCAAGGGGACUCGAAGUCAGAAGCCCAAUUUGCUAAGAGAUUAGACCCUACAAAGGAGGGUUUGAGCAAAGAACAGUUGCAGUUCAUCCGACAAGUGGAGCUGGCGCAAUGGAAGAAGAAAACCGUCAAGCUCCGGGGUCGCAACGUUGCGACAGGGCUCGCCAUCGGAGCUGUAGUACUCGGCAUUUAUGGCUACACUUUCUACUCUGUAUCCCAAGAAAAAAUCAUGGAUGAAAUAGAUGAAGAAGCCAGAACUGCAAAAAUACAUGCUCCAAAGACCGGAGCUAACUAAACUGUCCUGGUUUUGAGCUGCAGGGAACUGUUUGCACUGACUGUAAUGACAUGAACAUGACAAGGGACAAAAGUGGCAACACAAGUUAAAACCCAUUCAGCAGAGGGCGCUAGAUACCGACGAGACUCUUCAAUCAAUGAUUAUAUUAGUUUGGCUGGAAUGUGAGGAGGAAUUCAGCAUUUGCCAAGGCACUUACUCAUCUUUACCGUAAAACGUGUUUCUGUGUGUUUCCAUCUUCAUGGAACAAUAUUAUUGUGCAGUUUUCCACAACGUUAGUGUGGAGACAUGGAAAGUGAAUGUUAUACUCGCUCUGUUAUGCCAAGAAUAGCGUUACACCAGACUUAUUGGGGAUCCUGCUAUGGACAAAGAUCGAUAAUUCUAAUACAAACCAUUUAAAAGAUGGCUUCUCUAAUUUGUUGUAAAGAUUGUU